CUAACACUCUACGCACGUACAUAUUCUGCCUAUCGAGAUCGGGCCAGCAACGUUGGAAUUUAAGCAGCGGAGAUAGCUUUUUGUUGGACGGAACAAUAGCUACAGGCGUGCAGAUCGCAAGUCUAUCAGUCAGUGUCAAGCAGUCAGUGUUUAUUCCCUUGUCAUGCUUGUGGUAUAAUUAGCUGAAAACUAAAAAGACUACCUGAAUUGUUUGAAUGUGCUGAGAAAAAAUAAUGGAGGAUCUUCCAAAGGAGAGGACUCUUGAACUGCGUCAGAAACAUGUCAGUGCGGCAUGUAAGCUUUGGUAUCCAAGCAGGCCUCUCAAGAUAGUCCGUGCUAAGGGCCAAUACAUGUAUGAUGAGCUGGGUAAUGAGUACUUGGACUGUAUCAACAAUGUCUGUCAUGUUGGUCACAGUCACCCAAAGGUCGUGAAGGCUGCAGCUGAUCAGAUGGCCCUCGUUAACACAAAUAGCCGGUUUCUUCAUGAUAACUUGGUGCAGUACGCCGAGAAGCUAACAAAGACACUCCCGGACAAGCUCUCUCAUAUAUUUAUUGUCAACUCAGGGUCGGAAGCAAAUGAUCUCGCCAUCUCCCUGGCUCAGAAGUACACCAAGCACAAAGAUGUUAUAACACUUGAUCAUGCCUACCAUGGUCAUCUGCAGAGUGUCAUUGCCAUCAGUCCAUACAAACACAUCGGCCCAGAGAGCAAAAAGAAAUGGGUCCAUGUGGUUGAACCUCCAGACAUGUACAGAGGGACACACUGUGACGCAGACAACCCGGGCGAAGCAUUUGCAAAUGACGUCAAAGUGGCUAUUGAUAAAGCACACGCUGGUGGAAGGAAGAUUGCGGCCUUUUUCGCUGAAUCUCUUCAGAGCUGUGGUGGUCAGCUGAUUUAUCCACCUGGUUACUUCAGGAAUGUCUUCCGACAUGUGCAUGAAGCGGGCGGUAUCUGUGUCGCGGAUGAGGUUCAAGUUGGCUUUGGGCGUGUGGGUAACCACUGGUGGGGUUUCCAGACUCAAGGACCAGACAUUGUACCCGACAUAGUGACGAUGGGAAAGCCGAUGGGUAAUGGUCAUCCUAUUGCAGCGGUGGUCACUACAAAGGAAAUUGCCGCUAGUAUUGGCAAUGGUGGUUUCCAGUACUUCAACACAUAUGGCGGCAACCCAGUGUCUUGUGCCGUAGGCCUGGCAGUCUUGGACAUUAUUGAAGAGGAACAUCUCAGAGAUAACGCAAUCCUGAUUGGAGAUUAUCUCAAGACGGAACUCCUCAAGUUGAAGAAGAUUCACAAGACAAUUGGAGAUGUCAGGGGUCAUGGAAUGUUCAUUGGCAUCGAGUUGGUCAGUAACAGAGAGACGAAGGAACCAGGUGGUUCAGAGGCAACAUACACUGUGGAAUACAUGAGAGAUAAGCGCAUCCUUUUAAGUACAGAAGGACCGUAUGGCAACAUCUUGAAGUUCAAACCUCCGAUGUGUUUCUCUAUGGUCGACGCCAACAAUCUCCUCCACUGUCUGGACGACAUCCUGACGGUGAUUGAGGCACUCCCCGCCAGUCAGGUUGAGUCACAGGCCAAGGCUUGGCAGGCGUUCCCGACCGCCCACCACUUCAAGGCGAUCAACACCCUUCCAAAUAUCCCAGAGCUUACGCUGGAUGAAGACCACAUUUUGAACCAAGAUUCGAGCAGUAAAGGGAGUCCAACGGGGUCGUCGGAUGAUUCGGGUGUGGACGUCGUGACGAGGGACAACGACGGAGAAGCACCCAGGAAGAGACAAAGAACGGAGCUUGAUUAAUCUUUUGUCUAUCAAUCACGCCCAUCAAAAUGUAAGAUUGCCUGCUUCUGGCGCCCUUAUUGAGGGCUUAACCAGUGAUAAUUUGCAUUGGGUUUUGCAUACUUCACGGAGGCAACAGAGACAUUUGCCUCUGUUGCCCCUGGUCAUUGCCUUGAUGCCCCUUAAAAUGUUCCAAAGAAUAAUAUAUACAUUGUAUGCAAGAUUGCUUGCUUAUGACAGUGAUAAUUUGCAUUGAGUUUGGCAUACUUAUUUAGGCCUAAUACUUCACAGAGUGAAUUGCCUCUGUUGCCCCUGGUCAUGCCCCUUGAAAUGUUCCAAUAGAAAAAUAUAUGCAAGAUUGCUUGCUUUUGAUUGAUUCCCGACUACAGGGUCAAACUAGUGAUAAUUUGCAUUGAGUUUUUCACAGAGGCAAUAGAGACAAUUGCCCCCAAUCGCCUUGAUGCGCUCUAAAAUGUUCCACUAGAAUUUGUAAAUUUCUCAUAGCUUUACCAUGGAGAAAUUGCCUUAGUGCCCUUGCCCUCUAACAAACAAAGCCUGCUUAUUUCAGAAUUGUUCAAAUAAUAUUGUUGCAAAACAGUUUAUUUAGGUAAACAUUAAUACUUAGAAAUUUAGUAUUUGUAGAGUAAUGUUCUCAUCGCAGGUUAAUAUUAAAAUUUAUAUAAAUCAAAUUAUUAAAAAUUAACUUAAAACCAUUAAAAUAGUAAACACAUAAUGAAU